AGAAGCUGCCGGGUUCAGCAAAGACGCGCCUUCUCCUCGGGGUGGUUUCUCCCCCUCCCCUUAAAGCGGGAGACUCUGUGGUGCGGAGUCAUAGAAAAGGGGGGAGGAGAGGAAGCGAAAGUUUUCGUCGCUGAAAAAGUGCACUUGGAGAGGGGGCAGCUGGCGAGUUGGGAGAGAACUGCUCAUGGAGGCGACAAUGCGAUGACUCUCGGCUCGUGGGAGCGCCGGUCCAAGCAGGCUCAGUCCGAUGUCCCAGGUGAGAAGCGAGCUCCCCAGCCGCUCCGCAGACGCGCUCCAUGGAGACCCCCAGGUGGAUCCGGCGCCCUGCCCAGGCCCCGGCGCAGGUCGGGAUGCAAACACAAGCCCUUCCACCAUGCCAAAUUCAGUGGUAGCACCACCUAUUCCAGAACGUCCUACAUCUUCUCAAAAUCAGUCCACAACCGUGGAGGAAGAAACCCCAUCACAAGAACAUUCAGUAUGCCAUCAAUCCUUAGUGAAUGGAACAGCAUCUUCCAAGGCAAAAUCAGAGGGAGACUUUUCUGUAGCUACAGAAGCUGUGACACGCCAGCCCCAGAGCCGAGUAAUUGUCCAGACGCAUCCAACUACAGCGUAUACCCCUCUUCUACAAAAUGGUGACCUUGGCAGUUCUAAUGGCGAGGCUGGGAAUGGUGUUCUAUGUUCUGAACUCAGCUCUCUGUCAAGCUCCCAGAAGCCUCAUCGGAAGCUCCAGUCACAUCACUCCAUCAACAGCCAGAUCAGUAAAAAGAGCAAAGGCAGCUCCAAAUCUGCAUCAUCUCAGAUCCCCACUGAAGCACAGGAAGAUUGCUGUGUCCACUGCAUCCUCUCCUGCCUCUUCUGUGAGUUCCUGACCCUCUGCAACAUCAUGCUGGACUGUGCCACUUGCGGCUCGUGCAGCUCCGAAGAUUCUUGCAUCUGCUGCUGCUGCUGUGGCUCUGGGGAAUGCGCUGACUGUGACCUGCCCUGUGACAUGGACUGUGGCAUCAUUGAUGCCUGCUGUGAGUCAGCUGACUGCCUGGAGAUCUGCAUGGAGUGCUGCGGUCUGUGCUUCUCUUCCUGAAACCUGGACCCAGAUCUCAUUCCCUGGAAGGCUCUCUGAGGGGAGGCCCUAGGUGAACACCUUGGCAAUGAGGUCUCCAUUGUCCUCCGCUACCAAAUAAUCAAGAAUCAAAGACACUGAGGUUUGAAAAAGGAAAUGAGUCUGCAGCAGGUGACACCUCUUGGGUCUGUUGGAACCAGUACUAUGUGCUCAAAAUUGCUUGGGAAAACUGGCAGCUCUCUUCCCGACCUAUCACAAAAACCCUGAAGGAUUCUUGAAGGACUAAGGGAAGGGAGGGGAGGAUGUGCUCUCUCUCUCUCUCUCUCCCCCCCCAGCCCUUCUUCCAGACUCCUCCUGAUGGAAGCUGGGGAAGAGCAGUGUUCCUGCUGCCUGAGCCAAGAGCAGGAGCAGAAGAGGUGCACAGCUGCCAGCCUUGGUGUUUGGCAGGGACCUCAGGCAGCCACACAGGGCCAGAGAUCUCAGGCACUCUUCACUAGGUGUGUCUGGUCGGUGUACCGGUAAUCUGUGCCAGCCGCUGCUGGCCUGUGGGCCCUGCUGCUAUCUGCCUGUUGGGAUUCUUUUGCUAGUGCUGGUGCUUAUUGUUUGGCAAAAGUGCCUCUGGUGUACUGGUGCCAAGUAGUUGGCAGUCUUGCUGUUUCCAGGCUGGCUACUGAACAUCUCAGGCGCCCAGGGAAAUGGCAGGCUGCCUAGUGUACCAAGGGGAAAAAAAUUAUUUUCAUGCAGCUGCUUUUGGCCUAUUCUUGACGCUGUAGCUAUGGCUGGAUUCUGCCAGUGGCAAUGAUGAAGGGAAGCCAGAGCCUCAGCGUCGUCCCUAAUGCAGUGAGAAAUGGGCUUCUGAACAGUUUCUCUUCAUUUGUCAGCAACUAAACGCUGACUUGUUCUGUGAGCUCUUUGAUAGAAGCCAUAUCCUAUCCUGCCUUCUAACCCCCGUUCCCCUCCCAUGGGUGUUGAGACUUAGUAGUCCUAUGUGACCGGAACUCAUGGCUUGCUACCACCUAUGGCUCGCUAUCAUUCCAGACCUUUUUUGCCACUUCUGGUGUCUGACAAAGAUACUUUAGAAAGGCUUCUUUAUAAACUGGGGACAAUAUAUAGCUGCAAAAGAGAGGCUAUGUUUCUGUUCCUUUUCCCACAGUAAACAAACCCUAGACCUAACACAAAGUCACAGCCUGGUUGGUAUAAUGUAAAAGGAAUAUUAGUCACAUUAGUGACAUAACAGUCCCCUGAGUGAGCCAUCAAAUUGGUAGCACACC